AUGCUCAAGUUUGCAUCAACAGCCACGUCAGGGCUGCGGGGUGCAGUCAGCGCUUCUUGCAGCGCUUCAAGGCUCUCUAGUGUACGAGCACCGAUAGCUAUCGCUUUGAGUCGGACCGGCCACCGACGAUUCAAAUCGACGCUCGAAGUGGUGCCCGCUUCUUCGUCAGCACCUCGAGAGGUUCCCACGCCCAUCCUCUUCCUCACAGCUUCCAAAUGGACGUCCUCUUUACCCGCUGCCCAAUUCUUCCAAGACUGGGUUCAGCACUUUUCCUCCGAGGGCUACUCCUCCCUCCUUCUCGAUCUUGACCCUGACACUCCGCUCUCCAAUGUCAAAGACUCAGCUCAACUCAUGCAGCUCUUCGAAAAGGAUGCCAUCGAAACACUACGUCAGGCGGGGCAAACGCCACCGUUCCCACCCAUCAUGAUCUCUCGGGGCCCGGCUUGCCUUAUUGCGCAGACGUAUGUCUCUUCUCGUCCGCUCACUGCGUUACAGCUGAUCGAUCCACCGAUCAAUAACGAUUAUCUCAUAAAGGACUUCCCAGAAAUGCUUCCUGGAAAGCUGAAUGAGUUUGAUUUCGAAGUCACUUUCCCGGCGAGAGUUGUAUGGAGUCAAGCUGAGUUGGCAAGGCAACAGGAAAAGAGUGUGCCGUGGUACGAUGUGCAUCGCAUAGAGCACGAGAGGGAGGAGGAAGCCGACGAGAGUCUGGACAGGUAUACAUUUGCACAGGAGAAGGAGGGUGCAGAGAUGACGCAGCAUUGGUUGGAAGGCGAAGUUGAUAGUCUUGAAGGUGCAUCUGAGUCAAUCGAGCCUUAUGACGAAGUUGGUGAUGUCAACUCGUCUUCUUUGACCGAAACAAAGACGACAGAUUCCGAGCUUGAGCUACCCGAAUGGUACACCUCCGGAACCUACAUGCUGCAGCCUGGCUCGCGCAAGUAUCCGCUCACACUUGACGAAAAAGAUCUCGCCGAGAAGUUUAUUCGUGGUUCAGGUCCUGGUGGUCAAGCGAUCAACAAGCUCUCAACCAAUGUCCAACUCACCCACUUGCCAACGGGAACCAAGGUAACAUGUCAAGAGACUCGAUCGCGCGAUCGUAAUCGAGAACUAGCUCGACGCAGGAUGAGUCUGACACUGGAGAAGCUUGUUCGAGGCGACAGAGGUGGGAGUCGCAUUGACCGAAAAAUCGAAAAGGAGCGAAAGAAGAAAAUGAACAAGAAGAAGAAGCAGAAGCGCAGACUGAGGGACAAGGAGCAGCUCGCGGAGGGCGAGGCAGUGGAGACCUUGACUAAAUAG